AUGCCGAAUAGCACACAAGCAGUUUAUCCAUAUACUUCUCGUCGUUGUCAAUUUAUCCAGCAAGAUACGAAUAAUGUUUUCAAUCAAGCGUCGGUUCGAGAAGUUCAAUUUGAUGUAAAUGAACUACCAGACAUGUCAUCUGGCUCCGGUGGUGUCUCAUCACCUGCCAGUCGAGUAAUUAGUAAAGCAGCUCUCAUCGCGUUGAUUACGAUAGUUUCUGUUGCGGCGAUCGCUGCAGUUGCUAUUCCAUUGCUGAUAGCAUUUCUUAAGUCAGAAAUUACUACAACGACCACAACAACGACGUCAACAACUGCUACAACAACGACGACGACAACAACAUCCACAACCACAUCAACUACUUCAACGACGACAACGACAACGACAACAUCAACUACUACGACAACAACAACAGCAACUACUACGACUACAACUACUUCGAACGCAAUUGUCUAUUCUCAAUCGUUCUCUUCCGGCACUACUCCUUCUUCUCAAUGCACAGCUUGGACCACAUUUCGAGCGUUGCUCGUCGGUACUAGUUAUACAUCGCUCACUAUGAGUGGUAGUAACGAUCCAACUGGUAUAACCUUAACAAAUGCGGUCUAUGUCAAUGCCAUAGCGCAAGCUCUGCGAACAUAUUCAACGUACGGCCCAGUAUCAUCAAAUAGUUAUUCAUGGCAAGUCGGUGGGUGUGGUAGUGGCCCUGAACUGACUGCGACAGGCUGUAUAUGUUGUUGCAAUACAGGCUAUACGGUACGACCAUGCAUUGGGAACUCUAACUGGGGAGGAGUCAAUUCUAAUGCAUGUUCUGCUGGAUCACAAACACUGACAGUUACAAUCAUGUAA